AUGCCCCGAAAACGGAGGUCCGAAGACGUUGAUACUCUUGUUCUUGCCACGUCACCGAUAAAAGUAAGUUAAUUUCUUUGCUUUCAUUCAGGUAUACUGUAGAUCCAAUUGAUUAUGAAUACAAGUUCAGAUAAAAGUUGAGCAGUUCAUCGAAGAGACGACAAGUAUGGACGUGGACAUUCCGACGCUCGAUCGCUUCGCCGAGGACACUUCGAUGCUCGGGUUCAGAUACUUGCACACUCGCUACAAGACGUGGUUCCGGUAAGUUCAGAAGUCAAAUGGAAUUGAAUCCGAAUUGCGAUUGCCACCCUCGUCCCCAUUGCCUUCUUAAAUUUCAUAAAUGCAUCACGGAAUGUCUGGAGCACAAAACACAAAUCAAACCGAUUCUAUUUUAAGAGUGCUCUGGGGAUUCGUCGUCAUCUUCUUCAUCGGACUGACAUUUUAUCAAGUGUUCGAACGGGUCACCUACUAUUUUAUCAUGAAUCCGUUGACGACGAGGAGGAGCUACGAGACUCUGCCCAAGAUGUACUUUCCGACCAUUGGAGUGUGCAAUAAGAUGCAGAUAAAGUAAUGAAAGUAAUAGUUCCGGACCAGCAACAUCAAAAUUCAGAGCCUCGUCGGUCGCAUCCAAGAAUCCAGAUUUGCUGAAGGCAAUGUGCAGUAUGCUCGAUGAAAACUCUUCAAACUCUACAAGAUUCGAAGAGCUCGACAGGUUCGACGAAGUGGACAUUCUCGAUGUGUACCGCAACUCGUUCCAAUCUGCCGAUGAUUUAUUCGUUAGCUGUGAAUUCGGAAAGAGUGGCUCUUGUCAGGACGAGAUCCGUCCGAUGUACACCCCCUACGGCCUGUGCUACUCCGUUUCUCCAAAUAAAACCAUUCUGCGACCGGGACCCGAAACUACGCUUUCACUGGUUCUGAACCUAGAAGUUCAUGAAAUUAUUCCAGGUACCUUCAAUUUAAGCUUUUCUUUCGGAUUCUCUGGUUUAGGAACCGUCGUGGAGCCCGGCGUGAUUCUUUCGAUCUACGACGGCGCCAGUUCCCUUUCCCAUUACUCGGAAGGCAUCCACUUGGAAGCGGGAAAAGUGGUCACGAUCCCGGUGAAUGAGGUACGCAAACUUCGUCUUCAUGAGAGCAGCUGUGGAUCGACGAAGAUGGAGUCGUUCUCGGAGAAAGAGUACUCAAAAUCAGCAUGCGAAUGGUCUGUGAGUGUGAAACAGAUUGAGAAGGAGUGCGGAUGCAUUCCCGUUCGCAACCCAAUCUAUCGAGCCAUCUUCGCCAACAAGAACGAGUCAUUCGACAACUCAUCGACGACGACAAAGAAGACUUUGAAAAAGUGGAAGAAACGGAAGAUUCCGAGGUGCACACUGCGGCAAGAGAUCGAAUGUGUGCAGGAGAAGCUGAACAUCCGGCCGCACAUUGACGACAAUGUCUGUCCGGACGACUGCGACGACAUCUCCUUCUCUUCGAUCGUGUUCGGCGGGAAACUUGUAAGCAGACUUCCGCAAUCAGUUAAAAUAUGAUGAAAUGGCAAUCUCAGAGCGCAUCGGAGAUAGUUUCACUUCUUCCGAGUGAUUGGGAAGACACUAAGGAGAAGAGAGUGACUGCCGUCCAGAAGGCGUUAGAAGUGAUUCCGAAUAAGAUGAUUCCAGUGGUCAGGAAUGUGCAACAACUCGCAGAUGAGCUACAGGCGUUUGUCAGGGAAGCUUCUGAAGUAAGACCGUGUCCUGCUUUAGUUCAUAGUACUGUUUGUCUAGAUAUUCGGCGUUUCGGAUAAGUCCAACGAAGUCAAGUGCCUUUCUGUCGACGGUCGGACAUAUGAAAGCUUCAUCAAUCAGUUCAACUCUUAUGAACCGACAUGGGAGAGAAUCACCACGUCCGUAUCUGAAUACAAACUGUCCCUACCAUAAAUACCGUAACCUCCUAUUCAGGUAUCUCCAACAUUCGCUGGCUCGGGAGCUGAACAGCACUGCUCUCUGCCUCGGACUCUCUUUGAAUGAUAAGGGAGAAAUUGACGAUUCUGUGAAUCCAGAAGUGAACAUGACACUGGCAUCCAUUUCAUUGUUGGCACUGGGCCAAAUAGAGAACUCGCUUGGAAGAGCCAACUUCAACUACGGACUAACAAUGAUGCACGAGACCACGAGGAAAGUGGUCCUGGAAUUGGGUGGGGAUGAUGGAAAUGAGGAUAUAGGUGAGCGUGAGGAUGUUUCAGCACAUCCACUGAUAGCAGAAGUGAAAGAUUGUGUCACCAAGAUGUACGACAAUUUGGAGAGAGUUGAGGAGAUUGCUGAAGACUGCAGAAUUGUGAGUUCAACCUCUGAACAUCACUGAUCUUAUAGCGCGUUCCAGAUAUUCAAAAAGCGAUACUUGCCUCUUUUGGAAGCAUCCGACGUGUACACAAAAACGAAUCCGUCGUCGGAAUCGGUCAAAACGUACACGGAAUCAGUGCGGAAAGUGCUCGGCAGACUGCAAGUGAUGAAGACAAGAGUUCGGAUGAACGAAUGGAAAGACUUCAACAUCGACCUGAAAGAGUUCGAAUCGUUGUACCGAGAAACUGCGAAAGAUCACUUGGAGAUUGAGGACAUGCUGAAACUGAGGAAGACUAUGGUCACCGACAUUGCCGCGUUGGCCCAUCAGCUAUCGGAGACGUUCUCGGCGGUGACGGAGAGUCGGAGAAAGUUCGCAGUGCUCACGGGAUUCGCAGCCGAUGAGGGGUUCAAUGAGAAGUUUUCAAACUUCUCCAAGUGUCUGGCUGAUCUUCAUGAGAGGGCUCCUAUCUUAAAAGUUCGCAAAAAGAAGGAGUGAAUUCCAAAUGAAAACUUUCAGAAAAGUAGGUUCAUCCGAGGAGAAUGGUUGUCAAGGCUCCGGAACCAAGUGCUCAUGGCACAAUCCUAUUCUCCCACGCCACAAUACGAUGUGUAAGUGCUCCUAGAAUAAACCAGUACUUAUAUUUUCCCUUUCAGCGUUAAUCUCCUCCACAUAAAGUUCUACUUUGCUCAUUUCAAGCAGGAGACCAUCCUGCAGGAGAGGUCCUACAACCUUUUCCUAUUGCUCGGUACUCUUUCCCGUUUACUUCUGCAUCUUCAUGCUAUUUUUACAGCCGAAAUCGGAGGAACCAUCGGAUUGUACGUCGGCGCAACCCUUCUCACCGUCGCCGAGACACUCGUAUUCCUUUGCGAGCGCAAGAAGAGUAACAUAUUUUUGAAGCCACAAUUCGUUUGAAAAUGUCAUAAACUUCACCUGUUUUCGUCUUCUUCUUCUUCUUCUUGUUCACCACAAAUCAAUGCGAGACAGCUGCUGGUGGCUCAACCUAAUUGUACACAUUUUAGACGCUGGCUCUCGUUUUCUGAUAACACGCAUUAGCUUCUAUUAUUAUAUGCGCGCCGUUUUCGUGUGCUUGGCCGUCGUUUCGGUGCGCAGAUUAGCCGUCGAGUGCCAAUGCGCCCAGUUUUCGAGUUGUGACAAAUGCGCGGGUAUUGAGGACAAUGGAGUCAGUUGUAGGUGCGUGGGCGUCAUGGAUUCGGUUCAGAUGAUCUUCUGAGUUCAUUCAGAUGGUGCAUGGAGACUUCGACAUGCGUGCCCUCCAAGUACAUGUGCCAUCCGUGGAGGACCGUCAUGCACGAGGUCAAUUGCCCGUACUCCAUCCUGCCCACAACUUACAACGACACUUUUAAUAGGUAUUCAAACCGAAAUGUCGAAAGUUUAAUGAACAUUUAGGAGAGAAGUGUCUGCGUACAUCCAAGCGGCGAACCGAGUGAGCGAAUACUCCCCAGUCGGCGCUCCGAUGUCUUGUCUCCUGAAGAUCACGGAUAAAAUUGAAGUGCUAGAAGAGAUGAAUGUACCGACGACUAUGGAAGGAGUAUGAAUCAUCCUGAGAGCCGCGAGCAGAAAUGUACAUUUGCAGAGUACAAUCGGAGUUUUGAUUGGAGUCAACCACGACUUGCAGCACAUUUUCAUCGGCUUUCGCUCCACAAACAACCUCCUUCAGCUGCUCGCCCAAUACUUUUGCUACAUGAUGGGAUGGAUGGAGGAUUUCCCGUUGGGCGGAAGGAUGGUCGCCAUUUAUGUGCAAAUCUAUAAGGAUAUCCUCAACUUUGGAUUCGAUUCAGCCCUCGAGAAGUCGAUCGCCAGGUACCCCACGUACACUUUAUUCCUAACCGGACACUCUCUCGGCGGCGCCAUGUCCACAAUAUUCUCGCUCCACGUGGCAAUCAAGUACCCCGAGAAGAAGACCCGGUUAUACGCGUGGUCAGGGCCUCGAAGUGGAGACGAGACUUUUGUGCAACUGCUCAGAGAACAUGUAAUUUGUAGUGAGAUCAACCGGUUCAAUGAUCGUUGCUGUUGCAGGUGCACGAGAUGUUUCGAGUUGUCCGUGACGGAGACUUCAUUCCAGACUUCCCGCUCCGAAUAUCACACACCCUCGAGACUCCGCAUCACAACGCCUUCGAAGUGUUCUACCCGAGCCACAUGGAAGUGGACAACUACAAAAUAUGCGAUCAAGCGGAGACCGAGACGUGUUUAAAAGGGUCGUGGUGGAAGAAGCCGGUUUCACACAUGUAUUUAUUCGAUCAAAACUUUUUCAAUUAUCGUUUGGGGUAUUGUGAAUGA